GGGGAUGAUACUUGGAUCUGUUAAACUCAACCCCAAACAAAAAACAUGCGCGCGCCCCACGCGACACUAGAGCGAGCGGGGUUGUGAAUGAUGAAGAUGGGGCGGCGGCAAAGAAUUUGACAGCACCGACCACCGAACCACUUCGUAACCUGAUGAAAUGAUUCACCCGGCCUAUGUAAUACGGCGAUGUGUUAGAUCCAUCUAUCCAGUUCGAUAGUUCCACCCCAAACCCCAGAGUGCUGCUGCUGCUCACUGUUCCGCCGAUUGACGCAAUCAUCAUGGAGCAGCGCGGAGGUAGCGUGUGACUGUGCCGUUUCUUUCACUGCGGUGGACCGGUUUGUACUUCCUGAGAGACAAUUGUGUACUUGCGAGGCCCAUAAUUAGCUGCUGUAACGCCGUGAAAGAGUGAAGAACGGGACGGCACAAAAAGCAGAAUGCCAGCGAAGUAACGCAAACGAGCCGAAGUUCCCACAGAACAACACAUCAUUGCGGCAAUCUUCCCGUCAUUAGUUGUGCCUUAAAUCAAAGCAGCCUGUGUGGGGUCGCUCGGGGUUCCUAUACCCUUUUUUCAUCUGCUGCAGUGUAAAUAGGAAAAUCUAGUAGUAGGCCAUGACUACCUCAAACUGGGACAAAUUCGUGCUUCUGCUGUGGAAGAAUUGGAUCAUCCAGAAGCGCCAUUAUGUGCAGACCGCGUUCGAGGUGACCAUCCCGGUGUUGGCCUGUUCGCUGCUCAUACUCGUGCGGGGUCUCGUAACGCCAACCAUCUACACGGAACCGACAACCUUCACUAGUUUGAAUGUGCGAAGUUUGGCCUCGAUACGGGAGAUGGUAACGAACCACCCGAUCAGUUUGACCAUUGCUUACGCACCGCGUAAUGAUGUGCUCGAACGGAUCGUGGGGCGGGCCGCCCGUAUGCUCGGUACCGACGUCCUUCAUCAGGGCUUCAACGAUAGCGAGAGCAUGUACAAUGUGCUCGUCACGCACAACUACCUAGCCGGGCUGGAGUUUGGUGAUGAGUUGGCGAACAUCACUAGUCUUCCCGAGCAGGUUAGGUUGGCCGUUCGGUUUCCGAGUGAGAUGCGCACGGCAACCCUCCCAGGGGCACAGUUUUGGGCGAAUUGGUGCACCUUCCUGAUCUUUCCACAGUACCAAGUGUACGGAGCGCGUAACAUCAACGGCAGCGAUGGUGGCUAUCCGGCGAAUUACUUCACGGAAGGAUUUGCCUCCGUCCAGAACGCGAUCAGUCGUGCCGUGCUGGAAGCAAGGGCCGGCCGCAGCGAUGUACUACCGCACGUGGAGCUGAGGCGUUUCCCGUAUCCGCCCUUCUACGACGAUCCCUUGCUGCGGGGUCUCGAGAACCUGUUCCCUUCCAUCAUCAUGGUGGCCUUCUUCUAUUCCUGCAUCAACACGGUCAAGUUCAUUACGCUGGAAAAAGAGAAGCAACUGAAGGAAUCGAUGAAAGUGAUGGGCCUGGAUGGAUGGAUACACUGGAUGGCUUGGUUCGUGCGCACGCUAACGCUACUAACCGUGUCCAUUACGCUCGUCACGGUUUUGCUAAGCUGUAACCUUACCACCAACACAAAGGUGGCCGUGUUCGAAUUUUCCGAUCGCUUCCUGAUCUGGCUAUUUCUGUUCGUGUACAGCAUCACCACGAUAAUGCUGUGCUUCUUGGUCAGCACCUUCUUUUCCAAAGCGAACAUUGCCUCAGGGAUUGCGGGAAUUGUGUGGUUCUACUCACUAACCCCGUUUCAGCUAACGAUCGGCAACUACUAUCGGAUGCCGCUUGCAGCGAAGCUUGUCUCCAGUCUCUGGAGCAACACGGCCAUGGGAUACGGUGUGACGCUUUUCAUGAAGCACGAAGGCACCUCGAUCGGUUUACAGUGGGACAACUUCCUGUCGCCCGUUACCGUCGACGAUCAGCUUACGAUGGGGCACAUAUUCUUCAUGCUGUUUGCCGAUGCCGUCCUCUACCUCGCCUUAGCACUGUACAUAGAACAGAUCGCUCCGGGCCAGUUCGGUGUACCGCGCAAGUGGAACUUCAUUUUCACUGGUAGCUUCUGGAAGCAGGAGGUAUUCCGCCGAAACGCGGCUGCUGCCGAAUCUGAGGUGAACGCCCCGCCGGGAAGUGCUUCGGAAACCGAAAGAUUACAAUCAACCGGAAGGUAUCAGGCGAACAGGGAUGAAGAACCAGCCGACGCACAGGUCGGCAUCAGUAUGGUGGGAUUAACGAAGAUUUACCACGGCGGGAAAUCAUCAUCCCGGGCAGCUGUCAAGGAACUUACGGUAAACUUCUACCGCGACCAGAUCACUGUCCUGCUCGGGCACAACGGAGCAGGCAAAACGACCACCAUGGGUAUGCUGACCGGGAUGUACCCGCCGACAGCGGGCUAUGCAACGAUCGAAGGACAUCGGAUCGGUGGAACGGCUGUGAAGAAGUUCCGCAACACGCUCGGAUUCUGUCCGCAGCAUAACGUCCUCUUUGACGAGCUUACCGUCGCCGAGCACAUCAGGUUCUUCGCGCGAUUAAAGGGCAUCCGGCAGGAAGAGUACAUCGAGACCGAAAUCGAUAAAUACGUCCGCGCCCUGCAACUCGAACCGAAGCGUAAUGAGCAGUCCCACACGCUCUCGGGUGGCAUGAAAAGGAAGCUUUCGCUAGCCAUCGCACUGUGCGGUGGUUCGCGGGUGGUUUUCUGUGACGAACCAACGUCCGGCAUGGAUCCCGGAGCAAGGCGCACGGUGUGGGAUUUACUGCAGCAGGAGAAGCGCGAUCGUACGAUCGUUCUGUCGACGCACUUUAUGGACGAGGCGGAUGUGUUGGGCGAUCGUAUCGCUGUGAUGUGCGAUGGAGAGCUGCGAGCGGUCGGUACACCGUUCUUCCUGAAGAAACGAUUCGGCGCUGGAUAUCGGUUGGUUUGCGUCAAGCGUCCCGAUUGUCAGCCGGAGACGGUCGUGAAGUUGUUGCGCCGAUACGUGCCGGACGUGGCGAUCGAGUCCGACAUUGGCACGGAAUUGAGCUUACGGCUUCGCGAACAGCACCGUGCAAUGUUCCAGCCCGCGUUGGAAGAGCUGGAGCAAAAGAUCGACCAGUGUGGCAUCUCGGGGUACGGAAUUGCAUUGUCUACCCUGGAAGAGGUGUUUAUGAGGCUAGGAAGUGAUGAAGCAGGUACCUCUGAACAGUUGCGGCACGCCACCAAUGGAGUUAAUGCGAGCGACAAGAAGCAUCUGACAAACGGCACACACACGGCGGCGGCGCCUCCCUCAAUAACUAUUACGGAAACGUACGAGCUUCAAACGGGCGCAAGGCUUCUCUGCAGCCAGAUCAACGCCAUGCUGAGCAAGAAGUAUCUUAGCUUCGUCCGCUCGUGGAAGAUAUCCAUACUGCAGAUACUGCUGCCAAUGAUGUUUGUUCUGCUGGUUAUCGGGAUUGUACAAUACUUCCCCAGCAAUGUCGUGCUACCGCCGUUGGAAAUCUCGCUCGCGAGCUACGAACGUACCAGGACCGUGCUGUCUACCACCGAUCGAAACGCGCCCGUUGUACCUGCGUAUGAGCACACGAUCAAAAAUUCACCCGGAAGAGGACAACACUCCAUCACUGUUACAGAGCGCAACUUUACCGAUUAUAUGCUGGAAAAGUCGACGGAAAAUAUCCGAGCGGUGGAUAACACGUACAUGAUCGGGGCGUCCUUCGAUGUGGCCGGCCGCAACUUCACCGCCUGGUUCAACAAUAAGGCGUACCACACGGCACCCCUGUCCCUGAGCGUGCUGUACAACGCGCUAACGCGGACAGUCUGCCCCAACUGCAGUCUCACCGUCACGAACAAACCACUCCCGUACAGCAGCCAUGUCCGAUUCCUGCGCACCGAAGCGGGCAGCAACUUGGGCUUCCAGCUGGCCUUCAACACCGGGUUCGCGAUGGCGUUCGUGGGCGCUCUCUACGUCAUGUACUACGUGCGCGAGCGUGCGUCCGGAUCGAAGCUGCUGCAGUUCGUGAGCGGAGUAAACGCGAUCACCUUUUGGUGCGUCUCCUUCGUGUGGGACUUUGCAGUGUACUGCGUCGCGAUGGCCAUCUACAUCGGUGCGCUGGCCGCGUUCGGGGAGGAAGGUUGGUCCACACCGGAGGAACUCGGCCGGGUGGUGAUUGUGUGCGUUUGCUUCGGCCUGGCGAUCAUUCCGUUCACGUAUCUCGGUGCGUACUGUUUCGACGUACCGUCGACCGGCUUCAUCAAGAUGCUGAUCUUCAACAUCUUCACCGGCACGGUCAUGUUUACGGCGGUGUUUUUGCUCAAGAUCAAGGACUUUGAUCUGGUGCACGUGGCCGAAACGAUGGAGUGGUUUUACAUGGCGUUUCCCCUGUUUGCGCUCAGCCACAGCAUCAACAACAUCAACCUGAUGGAAACCACGCGACAGAUCUGUGAUGCGUACUGCGAUGCGACGCCCUUCUGUACGCCAAAGCUGGCCUGUAAAUUCAACAAGCGGUGCUGCGAUGUGGAAAUAUUUUCCUUCAGUCCACAGGGCAUCAAUCGCAAUCUCACCUACAUGUUGUGCGUCUCGGUGCUCUCGUUUGCCGUGCUGCUGCUUAAAGAGUUGCACGUGUUUGACGAGCUUAGCCUCAGCACACGCGUCACGGAAUGGUGGUGGCGGUGGUGUUCGAACCGACAUCGUCGACCCACCACAACUGACACACUACCGGAAGAAGCGCAAUCCAUUGCGAUCGGCGAGGAUUCGGAUGUUAGCGAGGAGCGUACGCGAGUGGAUCGAUUGUACGAGGAGCGCGCACACCAGUCACCGACCGGACAGGCUAUGCUGAUGCUGCGAGAUCUUACGAAACGUUACGGAGGCUUCGUGAAACCACCGGCCGUCGAUCGGCUUACGUUUGCCGUCGGCGAGCGAGAAUGUUUCGGACUGCUGGGAGUGAAUGGGGCGGGAAAAACGUCCACCUUCCGGAUGCUUACCGGCGAUCGGCGCAUUACCGGUGGGGACGCGUGGGUCGUUGGAUGCAGUCUGCGAACGCAACUGCCUGCCGUUUACCGUCGAAUCGGGUACUGUCCCCAGUUUGACGCACUGCUGGAAGAUCUAACCGGCCGCGAAACGUUGCGCAUCUUUGCCCGCUUGCGUGGCAUUCCGAGUGGCUCGAUUGCACCGAUCACAGAGCGGCUGGCAGUGGAGCUAAACUUUGCGCUCCAUCUGGAUAAGCUCGUCCAGGCGUACAGUGGUGGAACGCGGCGCAAGCUAAGCACCGCGCUCGCCCUGCUCGGUGACCCGGUGGUAGUGUAUCUGGACGAACCGACGACCGGCAUGGAUCCGGGCUCGAAGCGUCACUUCUGGAACGUGAUGUGCCGGGUACGCGCGGAAGGUAGGACCGCCCUCGUGCUCACCUCGCACAGUAUGGAGGAAUGUGAAGCGCUCUGCACACGGCUGGCCAUCAUGGUGAACGGCGAGUUUCGAUGUCUCGGAUCGGCGCAGCAUCUGAAGAACAAAUUCUCCCACGGCUACUUUCUCACCGUGAAGCUAAAGCGCACCGGCGACGGUUCGCCCACCGAAGCCGAACGGAACAAGCGCGCGAUCAAGACGUUUAUGCAGGAAACGUUCUCCGUCAGCUCUGGCGCGGCUGGCGGUGCGAUCCUCAAGGAAGAGUAUAAUAAUUACCUCACUUACCACAUCCGCGACACCGGCCAUCGGUGGUCGGACAUGUUCGGGUUGCUCGAGCGAGCCCGGGACAAGCUGCGCAUCGAAGAUUACGCGCUCGGACAAACAUCUCUCGAGCAGGUGUUCCUGCAGCUGACCGCCAACCAGCGAACCUGCAACGAAGCAUAACUCAACGCUAGUCGAGCGCUGCUGUGCUGCCUACCUUACCCAUAGACUAGAAUCUCGCCCAAAGGACAAUAUGACGUAGACGCGGAACGGAUUAGAUAGAUGCCUUCUCUCUGCACCCUACCCUCACACCUUAGUCUCAUUUUCUUUCCUAACACGCCCGGAUGCAGUCUUCUUCUGCUGCACCGUAACAAACACAGUUGGCUCGAAAUACUAGUUUAAUGAAGCAGCACGGGUAUAGAAGACCGAAUGUGAUCACAACACUUAAGUUACCGGAGUAGUAUUUUGCGCUUCAAGCGUGCAAAUUGCAAAUAAAGUUGCUAGUUUGACG